UGCAGAAAGUUGGCUCAUCACACAUCGAAAUGUCGAGUUGUUUACGAAAUUAAUUUUUAAUUAAUGGUGUCGCAACAAAUAUUUGGUACUACGAAAUUCUCUCGUAGUAUCCUUCUGUCCCGAUGGAGAUGGGAUCCUAAGAAAAAAACUACGAAAUAACAGCCAAUCAAUUUCCAGUAGAAAAAUCGACAACAGAGAUUUUACAAUUUCAUUCCUUUGGAAAAGGAUUACUGUCACCAUCUAUGAGAGUUGUGCAAAGAAUGUGUUUUAAAAAAAGAGCUCUAAUCAAACCCUAAACAAGCAAUAUUAUAUUCGUGAAGAUUGAAGAAAACACAUUUUAGCGUUCUCAUUAAUUCGGAAAGGAUUAUAAGGAUAGUAUUAUAUUUCUCCAAGAAUAAUUAAGAAAACGAAGAAGCAUGGAUCUGCUGUAUACCGUCAACAGGAGGAGUUCUCCUAAAUUUUUUUCCAAUCAAGAAUGUUUAUACAAUGGACAAUCGAUGUGUUCCUUAUCCAGUCGGAACAUAGUGGCGUUUACUACAAUGACAGAGUUAGAUGACAGCAGUGGCAAGACACGGGGUUGUCAUGUUUAUGUAGCGGAUUUAAAUAUGCCAUGGCAUGCUCAUAAAGUACUUUCGAAUAAACACAACAUUACUGCAUUAGAAUGGGAUCUACCUGGUGACAAGUUGGUAAUGGCUGACACUGCUGGAAAUGUGCAGUUGUGGAUGUUCAAGGAUCAUAUUUUGAAUGAAUGGGUAUUAAUAGGUUCGGCAUAUUUCCCUGGUGAGCACAUACUAGGUGCAGCAUGGUUUCAUAAUGGCAAAAAGACAGGCCUAGUAACAGAAAAGAAAGAUAGCAUCCAUUAUAGCGAGAAAUUUAAUCACUUACUGUUCGCACCUUCCGUGAGGCAAUUCGGCGGAAGAGCCGCCGAAGGUGUGCUGGUGGUAUCGACGACGGGCAUGGUUGGUGCAAUCAUGAUCACGAAGGAUCUUCAAAAUCCGACUUGCUAUUCGACGGAGAGUCUAGGCAACACGAGACACAGGAUAACCGCGGUUGACUUGUGUUAUGGAAAAAACGGCCACUUUCUCGUUGCGGUUAGUAGCGGUAGCAUCUGCUUACCCAUAAGAUGCUUUAGAGUACUGGUGCGCAAGAAUGACGACAAGUGCACCAUCACCUCGCAAGCUUUACCAAGUUUUUUUCUGCAAGAUGGGGCACCCAAGGACAAUUCAUGUACAGUCGUAACUCAUUUAAAGUUUGUGGUCAGAGAAGAUGCCGAUUCUCUGGUCAUCGCGGCAAACAGUGAGAGCGGUGGAUUUGUUGAAGUGUGGGAAUUGCGGGAGAAGUCGCAACCGGUUCACAAAUUGUUUCAGCCAAAAACGUUAGAACCUUUCAAGACAGUCGUUUGGCAAUAUCAGUCGCAGUAUCGUUGUCAGUCACCGGUCACGGCGAUAGCCACUACAAAACUAUCCAUAGUAACAACUUUGCCGCCUCCCAGUUAUGUAAUAAUAGCAUUAGCGGACUCGUCAGUGCACUGCCUAAAUCGUUUGGACUGUUUGAAGGAAGUGGCAUUCUCAUCCCUGAAUACAAGCUGGCGUCCAGAUGAGCCUAGCAACAAAUAUUUCAAGAACUCUGUGUCUAUUGCUCAUAUGGAUCUUUCGUGGCUGGGAUGCGUACUUCUUGCGUGCGACACUCAGGGCAAUAUGUAUCUCUAUAAAUUGUUGCCGGACGGUACCACAGGUACGUCGAUGUCGCUAAGCUAUGCCUGUACAUUACUGGAGUAUUGCUUGGUGACGGGAUUGGAUUGGUUGGACAUACUUUUAUGUCUGAGAUCAUCCAUGAUUGAAGCAUUGUGUGAGCGAUUGGACGUUUCCUUUAACAGACAAUUACAAUCUACACAGCAAUAUCAUUAUAUCCAAUUUUUAUCCAUCAAGACGUCGUUGUAUAGAAUGCUCAUAACAGGACAGAACAAGGCGGCGGAUUUGUCAUCGUUACUGAUGAUACAUUCGGUAGCUACUGCCUUCAAAUCUUUACUGAGACCAUCGGAUUUGAUAUCUCACGACAAAGGGCCAGCGGAAAGUUUAGCCGCAGUGAUAACUGACGUUAUUACUGAUGUUGACAAGGUGUUGCUGCAUCUCGAUCCGAAAGAGUUUACGGUAGAACCGAGUACGUUGCAAUCGCUGCAGCAACUUAUUCAAUGGGUCGCUGACUUAGCUUUGAACUUGCUGGCCAGAUUACCUGAGCAGAGGAUGCAAAUGAAGACUGGUGGGUAUGAGCUUCUUAAGGAUCACAAGGCCUUGAAUACCGUUCGGGAGCUGUUGGUCAUCAUACGCAUCUGGGGAUUACUCCGCCCGUCGUGUCUCCCAGUGUUUCUUCGCAGCGCGGACAAUCUGGAUGUUUUAGCCUUACUAUUUUGCUUGUUAUCAAAAUUGGUACAACCUAACGGAGACACACAGCAACAGGUGGACGAUGGUUUGAUUGAUGAAUGCUGCCUGCUGCCAAAUCAGAUCAUGAUUCCACAAUUGCAUCAAGGCAACAGCAUCACCGCUAUAGUCUCCCCGAUUUUGUUUUAUCAGAACCUACCAUUACAGCUGGAAUACGGGGUGGAACCCGAACAGUUGGUUUUUACACCUGAAAUGAAUCCCGUUGAAGGUUGUAUGCACAGUGGACAGAUCGUGGACACGAUACGACAUUUGUAUUUAGGAAGACAGCCGCUUCUGGUGAAACAGUGCACGAGGUGCGGUGGUAAAGCACAGGUACAGAACAUGACGAGGACAGCUGCGAUCAGAGCCUGGGAUCAACGAUGGACACGUGCUUGCCGGUGCGGAGGUAUUUGGCGAAUUCACAAAGCCUCUCAAUAAAGGACACUUAAAAAUUUUUGUAAAAAGUUCAUUUCGUCUGUUAUAAACCGUGAUACUGUAAUCUUUUGGAGAUUUAUAUGAAAGAAGAUAGGAAAUCUAUAAUAUAAGAAGCGGAAAUCUAUAUGAAAGAAGACAAACUGUUGAGAGACAUACACAAAUAUAAAAAGGUAACUAAGAGCUAAAUACUGUGUGUAUUCAAAUGAUCUACUUGUCAAGUUAAAUCAGAAAUUUAUAAUCUGAAGAUAUUUCAUUUGUUUAUAUUUCUAAAAGCGAAAUCACUCAAAGUCUUCUUUACAGUGAUUAUUUUGUUCUAUUUUAUGAGUAAAUAGAAUCUGCAAUUUUUUCCAAUUCAAAUAAAAAUGGAGGAAAAUGCGGGAACGGUGUAAAAUUAAUUAAUCAAACGACGGAUUAUUACACGAAUCGCUUCAUUAUGAAAGAUAGGAGGUAGGUGUAAUUGCAGACGAACGUUUUAAAGUGAAAUUAAUUGUAUAAUACUUUGCAGAAGACUCGUCCCUUGUACAUUAAACAUAGUUGUAAAUGUUUUCAUAAAUUAAUAAU